AACUUAUGGUUUGGCCAAAUUUAUAGCCUCCUUUUGCUCAAAGAGUACUGUGAAUGAAGUCAUGUGCUUUAGAGCCACUUAGGGUCAUAAUCUAAGCAAGCCAUUGCCUGAGAAAACAAUGUUUGACAGCAGAUGUUGACAAGAUAAUUGCUUCUCUCACAUUGUUUGCUUGUUUUUCCCCUUUCCUCUCAGGUUGGCAUAGCGAUGUGUAGUCGCUUGCGAAGUGAGGCGGGGCCGCCAGCCUCUGUCUCUUCCCAGGCUGCCCUUGCUGGGCAAGACAACAGGAGAGAGAUAUCUCAUGCCUGGAAUAGUCUAAAUCAAACCAAAGCUGCCUUGCGACACAUUGAGAAUCGUCUGGAGGCAGCGCCAGGCAUUGGAGUGCUUCUGGACUCAGUGCUUGACACAAAGAAAGCAUCUGUGAGUGGCGGUCGGAAAAUAAGCCGCAGAG